AUGUCUUCCUUCCAAUUACAAAACUCCGAGGUAUUGGCAAGGCUAAAGCCAUUUGGGAUACUGUUUGAGAAAUCUCUCAAUGACUUAAUCAAAGGGAUCAGAGCACAUUCAAAGGAUUCGCCCGAGAGCUUGGCAAAGUUUUUAGAUGCUGCCAUUCAAGAGUGCAAAACGGAACUAUACAGUACCGAUCUCGAGACCAAAGCAAUGGCGGUUUUGAAACUAGCAUACUUGGAAAUGUACGGUUUCGAUAUGUCAUGGUGUAACUUUCAAAUUCUAGAGGUGAUGUCGUCUAAUAAGUUCCAACAGAAGCGAAUAGGGUACUUGGCCGCCAUUCAGAGUUUCAAAAAUGAGCAAGAUUUGUUAAUCCUUGCAACAAACCAGUUCAAAAAAGAUCUCAACUCGUCACUGCCCGUUGAAGUGGGAUUGGCUUUGAGCGGGAUCGCUACUAUUGUGACGCCCAGUUUGUCCAAGGACAUCAAUGACGAUGUGUUGAUGAAAUUGAAUCACUCGAAACCAUACAUCAGAAAAAAGGCCAUUUUGGCAAUGCACAAAAUCUUUUUACAGUAUCCGGACAGUUUAAGGAUGAACUUUCAUCGAGUUAUUGAAAAAUUGGAUGACACGGAUGUGUCCGUUGUUAGUGCUACAGUUAAUGUAAUUUGCGAGUUGUCAAAAAAGAACCCCAAGUUGUUUCUCAACUACCUACCGAAGUUGUUCUCUAUACUAGAGGAAACAAAAAACAAUUGGUUGAUAAUUCGGAUAUUGAAGUUGUUUCAAAGUUUGUCGAGAGUGGAACCCAGAAUGAAGAGGAAGAUUUUGCCGGAGAUAAUGGAUCUCAUGCUUAGGACACAAGCCUCGUCUUUGAUAUACGAAUGUAUAAAUUGCGCGGUUAAUGGACAAAUGUUGUCGGCUGAGUCAUCCAAAGACAAGCAAACUGCGAAAGUAUGCAUUCAGCAGUUGAUGAAUUUCUUCAAGACCAAGGACUCCAAUUUGAAAUUUGUUGGGUUGAUUGCCUUGAUCAACAUUUUGAAAAUCUUUCCUGUAUUUAUGCAUAGUGUCGAAGGAGUGUCUGAUGUGAUCUUGGACUGCUUGACAGAUCCCGAUUUGAUCAUUAAAAGGAAGGCGCUCGAAGUGUCAAGCUAUUUGGUUAAUGAAGACAAUAUUGUUGAAGUUAUUAAAGUCAUGUUAGAGCAAUUGAUUCCAGAUAGCACUAGCGUUGAUGACUCACUUAAGUUGGAGGUGACUUCCAGCAUAUUGCAAAUUGCUUCCAAAGACAAUUACAGCAACAUUCCCAACUUCAGGUGGUACGUUGCUGUUAUCAAAGAUAUCUUGAACCUCACUUUAUUACCUGUUGCAUCUGGAUCUUCGAAUUUCAUAUCUCCAUCAACUUCGAAAGAGAUAGCUACUCAACUUGGGAAUGAAAUCAGAGUCCUUGCAACCAAGGUUCCGUCUAUUCGGCCUGUUUUGUUGGAAAAGAUUGUGGUUGACGUUGUGUUGGACGAAAAUGUGAUCAAGUCUUGCCCACUCAUUUUGAAAGAUAUUUAUUGGGUAUUGGGCGAGUAUAUUGAUGAGUUUCAAAUUGGCGUGGAUGACAAUGUUGAUGAAGUCGGCGUUGAGAAUGAGCAUUUAGUGGUCAGCCUUGACAAAAAAUUGUUUAUUUUCAGUACAUUGGUGAACUAUAAAAUAGAUGAGCAUUUGGGGCUGGGUGCUACUUCAGGCCACUUUAAAAUCUCGACUAUGUUGCUAACCUUGCAAGAGCCUCAAGUUUUGUCUGUUUUGAUCCAAGCAAUGGUGAAACUUUACAAUGCUAUAGUCUUUGAUUACAUGCAAGUGUACUCAAAUGAGGGCGAGCUCUCCCAAACAAAGUAUACCGAAUUGAGCUAUCACCUUUAUCGUUUAAUUGGGUUUUUGAGCAACUGGGAAAGACAUUACAAUUAUGAAGUGCAAGAACGUGCUUUGUCGUGGUUGGAAUUUUUGAGACUCUGUCAAGAAGCCAUGAUUGGGGAUGAUUUAACACAAGUGAAGAAACUCGAGGCAAGCGAUCUUGAACAUUACAGAGAUAUCUUCAAAGCCGGUGUUAUCGCGCCUGAUGAAGAUAGCUCAGAUUCCGAGGAUGACGAUGAAUUCAGUUCAAAUGAUAGCUCCAGUAGUGACGAGUAUGAAAACUUGGUUUUUUCGGAGGAUGAGAAACCUAAGCCAGAGCCACCCUCAGAAUUCGAACCAAAUCCUUUUGCCGAACUGAACUCCGGCCUUAGUGGAACUUCGAAAAGGUUGCCGGGGUUGUUGAGCAACAUCUUGCCAUCAUUUUUCAAAGCCUAUAUGUUGAAGCCCGUAGCGAAGAAUGCUCAAGUGAACAUUCCUUUGCCCGCGGAUUUAGAUUUGAGUCUGACAAUCAAUGAGAUGCCGAAGCAAAUUGCUGAUUUAGAGAUCAGUGACUCAUAUGAGCUCUACCUUUCAGAGUCAGAGGAAUUUAAUGAGAAUUUAAUAAGUUUGUCCAGUACUGAAACAGACGUUGAAAAGCAAAUCAACAGGGAGGAACGCGCUCUUCGAUUGAAGGAUGACCCUUAUUACUUAGAGACAGAGAGGAAAACGAAAUCAAAAAGCAAAUCACCAGAUAAAAAGAAUGAAGGUCCUUCAGAUCCCUCUAGAGCAAGCAGCUUGUCUUCAAGAAGAGAAGAGCCAGUUAAAUCUAAAAAGAAAAAAUCAACAAAACUUAAAAAGGAAAAGGUACUCAUCCUUGACGAGGAGUCGGUAGAGGGUACGGCUGGAGUCACAGAAGAACAAUCUCCUCAAAAGCAAAAGCCAAAAACAAAAAAGAACAUACUAAAGAUUGAUUCAUCAAAUUUAGACAACUUCGAUCUUCUUGCAGACGAACCGGUGGAAUUGAGGAACGAUGAAUAUGAUAUUGAUAUUGAUGCUAUACGAGCAAAGUUGUCUCAAACUGUAAUCGAGAAGCCAAGAAAGAAAAAGAAAGGCAAAGUUAGUGGAAAGAAGGAUGAAGGUUCGAGAACAAUUGACGCGACUGAGGGAAUAAAUGGUCAUGACGUAGAGCCAGAGGAGAGUAGACCUACCACGGGGCCCUCUCUUUCCACAGACUCAUCUAUCAUCACAGUUAAGCCAAUGAAGACGAAGAAGAAGAAAAAGAAAGCGGUGAUUAUAGAAUAA